AUGUCUCUCCUAACAGGCUGCCUGGGUCAGUCAGAUGUCUGUGGUCGAGCGCCUCUCAACACCAAGAUUGUUGGUGGACUGAAUGCAACAGAAGGGUCUUGGCCCUGGCAGGCCAGCAUUAACGUCAAGUCAACAGGACGAUUAUUCUGCAGCGGGUCACUAAUCAGUGAAAGAUGGGUUUUGACAGCUGCUAGCUGCUUUCAGAGCAAUAAUGUGUCUGAUGUUGUGAUCUACUUGGGACGUCAGACCAGAAAUGGCUCAAACCCACAUGAGAUACCCAGGACAGUGAUUCAAGUCAUCAAUCAUCCUAAAGAUAACAGUUUCACCAACAGUAUAGCACUUGUCCAGCUCUCUUCCUCCGUGACUUUCACUGAUUACAUUAGGCCAGUGUGUCUGGCUGCUGCUGGUAGUGUGUUUGUUGACGGGACAGAGAGUUGGGUCACUGGCUGGGGCUCGAUUAAUUCCAUUUGUGAGAAGCAUUGCUUCAAAAUUACAGUUUGAGCAAAUAGAUAUUUUAUGAGAUAUUAACAAAUCUGUGUUUUUAUUUUGUGUGACAGAUGUAAUGCUUUCUGAUGUGCUGAAGGAGGUGGAGGCCCCUAUUGUGAACAACAUUGAAUGCAGUACUAAGUAUGAACAAACAGUUACAGACAACCUGAUAUGUGCUGGAUUUGUAAAUGAGACAGGAAGGUCACCAU